AUGGACCAUCAGUUCCCGCCCUCUUCUCCGGUCACACAUGACACGGAGCAAAGAGACCCCUUCUCUAAGCUCAAAGGUUCUACCAUAGGGUUUCCCCAGAGAGGUAGAUUCGACUACCCAACUCCCAACCCAUCUUCUACGGCAGGCAGAUCGUCGUCACCAGCAAGACAGGCAGAUGAUAGUGAAAACAAUAUUACUUUUAGCAGGCCUGCUAAGACAACGGCACCAAUCAAUAAAAGCUUCAACAUUGUGAAUCCAGACUCACUGGUUUUAAGAGUACCAUUACUCACAUCAAAACCUGAAUUCUUCAUCGGGAGAAGCCUGAAGUCUUGUGAUUUUUCAUUUAAGCCUAUUGAUAAGGCUGUUUCCAGAACUCACAUCAAAGUCUACCACUCUGAUGAUAGCUUAGCUAUUACGUGCCUAGGUUACAACGGAGUUGGGAUGAUAUUGCCUCGCGUUUGCGAGGUUCAUAAAGUUGAAGGGAAGGAGUCUUAUUAUAGAUUGCAAGAAGCAAGCAAGCCGUUGAAGUUGCAAAAUCUCUCAAAAACCAUCCACUUGGACUACCAGCACACUGAGUUUCAUGUGAGUAGGGGGGAGACGGUCGAAAUGCCACGGUUUACCAACAUUCUCUUCCAGAUCCACAGUAAAGUCGUCUUGCUUAAUCCUGAUGAUUAUGAAGAGGCCCUUACCGACGAGGAAGAUUUCAGACUCAUGAAAGCAACAGAAAGCGACCACAACAUCGAUGAAGAGGUUCCUUCGAAGAAACAAGAUAGUGCUGGUGAUAAGAGUACUAAAAAAGAAGAUGCUACUCCUUUAAAUUCAUCAAAAUUUAAGCCCUGUACACCAAAGAAAGUAUCAUACCGUGUGACUUCGGAAGAGCCCACCCCAAUUAAGACAUCCAAACUGAAAACCUCCCUUCCAAAAAUUGCCUCUGAGGACAAAGAGAAUGCUGAAAUUAGAAACAUAGGCGAAAGCGAAAAGGAUGAUUUGCAUGAUAUUGCCCGACCUUUCAAAAGAGCCACCACACCUAUGGCUAAUAGAACCAACAAUGUCUCCAAAAGUCCUCUCGUUAAGCGGAGGGCGACAAGCGAGGAGCCAGUAGGAUCAAAAAAAUCUAAGAAGGAACCUGCUAGAGACGCGGAGGGUAAACUCAUCAUUGAUGAUUCAUGCAUCAAGGGUCUAAAAAACGUGCGUGAAAUCAGCAACAUUCUUAUUAAUCAUCUAGCAUUCUCUAGGCUUUCUUCAACGCCUGCUUCAUUUUUGAAUACAAUACUGGCAGUGGUUUCCGAGCUCACGCUAGAGCAAUUGAGGACUGUGCUUCAUCAGAUUGAUUGCAUUGGUGUCAUCUACAGAGAAGGCAAAGAUGCUGCCGGAAAGCCCCUUGAGGAGGAGUACUACUACAUUCCUGAGAAGGAUGAAGACUCUGAGAGGACCAAGCUCGUAAGCUCCAUCAAGGGUCACGGUGGUUUGAGAGCUUGCAGAAGGAAACACAAACAGUACUAUUGGAAGAAACCUGCUCCCAUCAAGAAAUAG